CUGAAUAUCAUCUCGAGAGCUUGAAGUGUCUCGCGGGGUAUGUGGAAUUUGCGUUGAGUUUAGCUGUUACGUAUCUUUACUAUGCAGUGCACAAGAGGGUCCCGAAGAGACUGCCUCACUUCUAUGGCAAUUGAAUAGAGUCAAGGGCUGUGCAAACGUGUUGACAAGACCUUUCUUGACUGCCUGACCAUGCACUGGCUCCUGACGUUGAAUAGUCGGAUGUUCUCUCGUCGAUUGCAGCACUGUCUCACGGAAGCAGUGGAGCGUAGUAGUACCCCAUGCCUUUUGAGCAAAGUUGAGCAAUGAGGCAGUGUGGACUGCUCGGAAGGUAUGACUUCUCAUGGCUGCUCUUGGGGUGUUUCCCCCGUUAGUACUUCUGAUGAUCAACAUUGCUCAGCAAACCACCCACCAACGAGCAAUGUCGCAAGUACCCGGUGUGAACGAAACGAACGCUGAACCAAAGUCCCGGAACGCUUCGCUGUCAUCGGCUUCCACUGAAACCACCGUUGCCGAUACCAUUGAGUGGCAAGCCGAGCGAGCAACAAAGGAUCUUCUCAGACUUACCGCUUUAUUGAGGGAUUACAAGGACAAGCUGGAAAAGAUUAUCGAGUGCCAUCCAACAUUGACUGACAAGCAAAAGAAAGCCCACGGCAAAGUCCUGGACAACGUCGAUCAUGCUCUCAUACACAACCGUUUCGAUCUUAGGCAGACAUUCUCAGUUUCCACCAUUGCGACAGUAGGAGCUCGAUAUGCGGUGGCAAAAGAACUCAUAGGAGCCGUUGAAGCACGUCUUGAGACCAUCGAAGCUCAAGGGAAGCUCGACUCCGUUUCAAGCAAGCGGUAACGCAAGCUCCUUUGGAGGAAGCACACAGAUCCUUGGACGUCCAUGAAAUGGUAUCUAGUCUCCUGGCGGGUACGCAGGCUGGCUCUGGCAUGGCAAAGAAGCAUGAAAUCAAACUGAGGCAGGUGGUCGUCGUGUCAGAAGAUAGUCCAUGCAUCAUCUGCACAGGCAACAUGGGCGGCGCUCCGGAGUGCGAAAUCGAGGGUGCCAGAGCUCACAGUCCUGUGCUUUGUCCGCACUGCAAGAAGCCUAUGCAUAUCGCUUGCCAGUGUGCGCAAAUAGGAAAAGGCAAGAACAAGUGUCCAGAGUGUCUCCGGGUUUGGGAUCGCGAAACUGUGGUUGAGGUUUUGAGGGCGAGGAUCAACCAGCUCAAAAUGAUGGAGAAAAAUUCCGAGUUGUCAAGUGCGAGUGAGCAGUUCUGGGGAGCAAAGGCACCGGGCGCAAAGAAGAGAGUGAAAGAAGA